AUGUCUGGCAAUAACUGCACUGCUGUGACUGAAUUCAUUCUUUUGGGGUUAACAGAUGAUCUAACCCUCCAUGGCAUCCUCUUUGUGAUGUUUCUGGGUGUUUAUGCUGUCACCUUAGUUGGUAACCUUACCAUAAUCAUACUGAUCAGAAAGAGCUCCCAACUUCAUACUCCAAUGUACCUUUUCCUCAGCAACUUGGCUUUUGUGGAUAUUGGAUUUUCCUCAUCUGUCACACCUCUCAUGCUCAUCAACUUCCUGGCAGAUAAGACUCCAAUCCCUCCUGGAGGCUGUGUAGCCCAAUUUUGUUUUGCAGCCACAUUUGGUUCAGCUGAGUGCUUCCUGCUGGCAGUGAUGGCCUAUGAUCGAUAUGUGGCCAUCUGUAACCCUUUGCUAUAUUCCACUAAUAUGUCUACUGCAGUCUGUACUCUGUUACUUAUCACAUCCUAUCUGUUUAGUUGUAUAAAUGCUUGGAUCUUCACUGGUUGCUUAUUGAAUCGUUCCUUCUGUGGACCCAAUAAAAUCAAUCACUUUUUCUGUGAUUAUUCACCACUUUUGAAGCUUUCCAGAUACCAAGAUGAUCUUGCUGAAAUUCUUCCUGCUCUUUCUGGUGGGUCUGUACUUGUAAUCACAGUGUUAAUUAUAAUAGUCUCUUAUGUAUACAUUCUCUUCUCUGUCCUGAAGAUAAGGUCCACAGAGGGGAGAUCCAAAGCUUUUUCAACUUGCACCUCCCAUCUCACAGCAGUGACUGUGUUCUAUGGGACCCUUACAUUCAUUUAUAUGAUGCCUAAAUCUAGCUACUCAACAGAUGAAAAUAAAGUAGUGUCUGUUUUCUACACUGUAAUGAUUCCCAUGUUGAACCCCCUGAUCUAUAGUUUAAGGAACAAUGAAGUAAAAGGGGCCCUGAGGAAACUGCUAAGUAGGAAUCACUUUCUUUCAUAA